GAAGCCUCCGCACCGAAAGAGGCGCUCGCGAACCUUUGUCGCUUCCCUGCGGAUUGGCCGCGUGGACGACGCUUACUCAGAGGCUCACUCUGCGCCUGUCCUGAGCCGUGUGUGUAGUCUCGCUGGCAGCACGGCAUAUCGCGGGGAGUAGAGGGAGUCUUUUAAAAAACGAAAACUGGAGAAAGAAACGCACACAGAGAGGAGGAUUAAAACAGCACCCACACAGAGAAUAGAAGCAGCAAAAUGUCCUCAGCACCUCAGCCUCCAGACUUACAGCAUGAAGCACUCAAGGGGAAAGACUAUCAAAUUCCAGGGCUCCGAGGUGCCCGGACCACCACCCUGUUCCGUGCUGUGAAUCCAGAACUUUUCAUUAAACCUAACAAAGCAGUUAUGGCUUUUGGACUCGUCACAAUUACUCUUUGUGUAGCCUACAUUGGGUACUUGCAUGCACAGCAAGAUAAUAAGAAGGAUCUCUAUGAAGCUAUUGAUAGUGAAGGAAGCAGACAAAUGAGGCGGAAGACGUCCAAAUGGGACUGAUCACUAGCACAUGGUGUGUAUGUGUCAACAUGGAAGGAGACCCAAAAGACUGGUAUAUUUAGUUUUCAUGAGUAUUAGGGUUAUGUGUGGAAAGCCAACAUUUUUAUACAAUAAUGAAUGUCUCUCUUGAAAUGUAAUCUAGUUCAGUUACCAGUAUAAAAUGCUGUAGCCUGCUGUACACAUUCUAAAUAAAGGCCAGCAUUAUUCAUACAUUUAA